UUUGCAAAUAAUAAGCGGAAUAAAGACAAUUGGAAGCAACCCCAUUUUCAGUAUGAAAUUCAGCCAAAAAUAUUUGGCGGCAACCCUGUUUUCAGCUGGGAGGAAAGAAAAAGAGGAAGAAUCAAUUGGGUUUUAGGCCCUUGGGCCCGUUCCGAUCUUAAAUGUUGAUGGUGGGCCGUCACAGGCAAGGCUUUCGGUUGUGGCCCAUACUUGCCAAAAAAUGAUUUGGGCCCAAAUCGAGCAUUUCAAUGCCCAGCUCUUAAUCGAAGCGAAGUAUUCUGAUGCUUCUCGUCUGUUUGCUGCAAACCCUAAUUUCCUCCGGUCUUCCUCGAGCACCUUGCCGUCGCUUCAGUAUAAGAAAACGCCUCCUUUGCUUCAUUCCUUCUCCUGACCCAAAAAGUGGGGGAAAAAAGCAAUUAUUUUUCAUGGCUGGCAAAGCAGCGCAGUCUGUGGUGAAGGCAAUGGGGGAAUACCAAUACCCAUGGCGUGAGAAAUUGGCUAAGUACAAAGUUGAGUUAUCAAAGGGGGUGUGGGGCUAUUGGGAACUUGGAGCGUGGAAGCCUCUCGGCAUCAGCGCUCGCCGUCGAGCCAGGCUCCGGAAGGAAGUGCUUUUAGCAGGGCAGGAUUGGCCUUACGAUCCACAGAGGAAAGAGAUGAGAACCAAGAUGAAAGGUCACAAGUGUGACAGAAUAUCUGCUGAGAAAAGGGAGAAUACCGCUAAUUUGAUGCAGAAAAUGCCUGAGAUGUUGCUUGCUUAUAAGAAACGUAGGUGGGAGAAGAAAAUGAAGGAAGAGGAGAAAUUGAAAGAAAAAUAAAUCUGAAAACUGUUUUCAUAUAUUUUUCUUCUUCUCUCUUUUGGGUUGAAAAUAAGAAAAGAUAUUGGGUUCGGAAUUUGCAAAUGCUCAAUCUUUGUACUGAUGAAUUCAGUGUUGGGUUUUUUUUGUUUACAAGAUGUAUGGGCUGAAUAUCGAUACAGAUCUUUUAAUUCAAGGAUUUGAAGACUUGACUGUGUUUUCAGUUCUUUUUAACCUGUU